GUGCUUCAGUUCCACACGAUCCGUGCUGUAGAGAACACGUUUGCUCGCAUUUUCGACGGUCGCUCGGUCCGAUAUAUGUGUACAAUGAUUGCCCACUUAACCCGAGUGAAUGCGCGCGCGCAAAAUCUGUUCCGCUGAUAAAAUCGCUCGCGUGUGAAAACGGCACUGAAACCAAAAUAACAACACCAACAGCGACUCACUGUUAUCACUCUAGACUAGAUAAGAGUGACAACGAUGUGAGAUAAAUAGACGAUGAUUCGCGAAAUCAAGAGUCUGCGAAGUAAGAUGGCAUUUUAUCGUGAUUAUCUGUUUGUGUUUUGCGAAGGCGAUUAACCGAUUACCGUGGAUUUCUUAUCUGUUGUGGCAGUGGAGGAGACAAACGGCCAUAGUUUGCCCCGCAAAAAAUUUAUAAUGGAUUGUGAUGUGAAGAUGCCAUUGUGUCAGUGCUAUAUUGUGUGACCAAACAAAACGAAAAGUUGUCAAAAGAUUGCGUCAAAUCACGUCCAGAUUUUCUACUUCGAACGGAAUCGCUGCAAAUUGCUUAAUCACCAGUGGACGGACGUCGUUUUUUUCAGAUGACUUCUAAUUAAUUUGUGUGAGGAUGUGACAAUUGUCUUGUGCGUCGACGGUGGGAAGGAAUGUUCAUUUUUUUUAUUGGUUCACUUUCAGUUCUUAGGUAACAAUGUCGGAUCAGAGUUCGGUGAUUGAGGUUUAUUAUGAGUGCCAUUUCAGUUCAAGUGGUUGAAAUGUCCGGUUUGGAAACAAUUUGUUGCAACUGUGUAGCUUAAUUGGGGAACAAUCAAGUGUAAUAUACGAAGAUCCCAAUCACAAUGAAUGAACCGUGGUUUCUCGCUGAACCGUCGCAAUUGAGUAAAAGUGAAACGAUUUAUUGAUUGUUACGAGAUUGAAGUGGUUAACGAAGAUAGCUAAACGUCAAAACCAGCAUGAAGAAACAUUACAGUGUAGAAAUAGCCGGCAAACAUGCCCGAUCGCCGUCGUCCAAUAUACUGGACAAAAUUACCCGAAGAUACUCGGCGAUCGGCAGUCGGUUGAUGCGUAAAUCGCCGGGCAGAAAAAGCAGCGUUGCAGAACCAAUCACCGGCAGUUAUGACAUGUCUGGGGGUCGAUCGGAUGACUUCCGACCGGAAAUCGGAGUCCCGAUCUUAAUUUCCAAAACGAUGAAAUUCAAUUUCGAUGAGGAACCCGCAGAUAAAACAACCGAUGUGUCAUCAUCUCAACGCCCGUCAACGUCGCCAGUUCCCACCUCGGUCGUAGCUCGUUCUACAUCCGAUGACAGCGAGAAUGAUGUGUUCGUCGAUGCCAACAGUUCACUGCCAAACUUCAGCGAUAUCAAAUUCACGUUUCUCCCUGAGAACAACAACAACUACAGCACAUAUUUGAAUGAAAAGGAGAGAAGCGCGGUCAAUUUGCGAAGAGUUCGAUCCAAGUCAGCUCAUAAUCUGCACCAACCAGAUCUACGGUUACUUUUCGAAAAGGCACCCUCAAUGAAUUUGUCCCCCGCGAGCAAUAGCAGCGUAAAAACUACUUCAGUCACGGUUCCAAACAGUCCAGCCGUGGACAGCAUUUACGAUUUUCCUCGCAAUACCAAAGUGGGCAAUUCAUCCUACGAUCUCGAGCAAGCACAUCUCAUCUUGAAUGAGAUCGACAUCUCCCUAGUCAAUGACGGUGAUAUCACUAAUCUUUACCAUAAUCUACCGAACGGAAACCACGUUACCUCGUCCAAUGGCGUUCUGCACAAUAAUGCCUUUGACUAUUCCGGCAGUAACCAAAGUUUGCACUCUAGCAGUACCCAAGAGGAGGAGUUUGAUCUGAAAUCGGCCAGUUUCCAGAGUUUAGAAGCCCGCAACCUGUUUCUAUCGAUUGAAGAGCUCGAUGAAAUCACCCGCCAGAUCAAUGAAACUGAAGCGUUCAGGGAGGACAAUAAUGAGUACUGUGAACACCGGAACCAGUUGCAUCCCUGCGAGCGACGGCUAACGCUGCUCAAGAACAGAAGUACCAAUAAGCAUUUCAUUGAUUUCGACAAGAAGAAGGCCAAACUUACGCGCAAAUGGAGUGGCUUUAAGCACUGGAUCGGCGAGGAGCAGGAUAAGAUCAAGGAGGUGGUGCAGAAGCAUGCCGCAAUGCAGCGGGUUGGGGGUGAGACGGGCAGGAACACGACUGGUGGGAAAUCAUCCAGAAGGAAUAGUAGUGAGCUAGGUUGUGGCGAUGCUGAGGCGUCUGUUAUCGUCGAGAGUGAGACGAACAUGUCGGCUAGUGUGGUCAACAGUGAGAUAAAGGAAGGCUCGAGUAAUUCAGAUGAACGGGAGGAUGGCAGAAAGAGGAAGUCACACAGUGCGGAGAUCUUGGAGGGCCAAAAUGGCUUCGAAGAGAUCCGCCGGUUCGUCAAACAGGGCGGCGACUUUGGCAAGGACCUCAUCGCAAUCCUGCAGGAGCGCAUGGAAAUCGAGCAGAUUUACGCGAAAUCCCUCUCGAAGAUUGCCAACAAGCUGAACAAAGCGUGCCGCGAUCUGCCGGGAACGAUCGCCGACUCGUGGCGGGCGGUUUCCACCGAGAUCGAAAGCCGCGGCGAAAUACACCGGCAAUAUUCCAACUCGCUGGCCGACGAGCUAGUGAAACCACUCAAGACUGUACUGGAGAAUCAGCACAAGGCGCGCAAAGCGAUCGAGAACAACGUGGACAAAUCGGCCCGGAUACUGGCGGAGUGGAGGGUUACCGAAAUGAAGGGCAAAAAGGGUUCACACGCGGCCGCCAGGGAUAACGAGAAGCUGCAGGAUGCGAUGCUGGACGUGAAGCUCCAGCGUUCGCCCUCACUGGGUCUACUGCACAAAUCCAUCGACAAGGAUAGCAAAACCUCUGAGAAGGACGGCUCCAAGCUAGACACCAAACGCAAAAAGGCCGAAGAUGCCGUCAAGAAGGCCGACGUCGAAUACUACACCCUCUGCAUCCGGGCGGAACGUGCCCGCGUCGAUUGGGAGAUGUCCGUUCUGCGGGGCAGCUCGAUGCUACAGUCGCUGGAGAAUCAACGACUAAAUCACUUCAAGAAUUAUGUUGCCAGCUAUUUCCGCCUGUCGUCCGAGAUGAAUCCGGUGCUGUGCAAGAUUGUCGAUCGGUUGGGACCUCAGUUGCAGUUGUGCAAUGUGCAGAAAGAUUUGGAUGUGCUGAAAAAUAUUCGGCGGGCUACCGAGGGUCCUAGUGAGCAGUUACUGCCGGACUUCUAUUGCGAGCAUACCACAUUGGCGAUGAAUCGGGAACGAAGGAAGCAAUCGUUGGUGAAGCUGCUUCAGCUCAUCCGACAGGAUUUGGAUCGAGAGCGAAGGUCGAGGAAUAGCCUCAAAGGUUUCUCUCAAAGCUUCGAACCUAAUGUCGAGGGUAACCAGAAUAUAGCCGAUAAGUUGUAUCAUAUAAGAUCGAUGUUGACAUACUUGGAAGGUGCCAGGUACAAGCUACAGUCGGCGCUUCUUGAACUUGAUCACAAACCUAGGUCGAGUCAUCCACUGGCGCAGCACAUACAGAUAACACGAGACAGGACAGGAAUGCAAACGAGCGUGCUGAAGGUUCCACUGUGGCUCAAAACCGAGCAGGACGAUGAAGAUGGGCAGGUAUCUAGUACGAAUGGCGGUUCGUCCGACAUCGUGGAACAGUGCGUCGAUAUUAGGAACGACACGCUGAUCAAAAACAUGUCACAGCAGAAGUAUAGCAGGAGUAAAGAACCCGGUGGUGAGGAGGAAACUUAUAGUUUGAACAAAUCCACUAAACUGGCUACGCUGCCGAACGGACACGGUCCUCUCUGGGAUCGGGGCGUUGCGGAUGGUGUCUCAAACCAACCGGAUUCAGAUUUUGACGAAUUCUCCUCUCAAGAUGAGGAAGAGGAUAGAAGUAGCGCCGGUCUGGCAAUCGAAAAUGGAACGCAUCAUCACAGCAACGGUGUCGAUACGGGGGCUAGCGGAAAUGGACCAACGAAUGGUGCCCCGGCUUCGACGGUAGUGCUCGGCCGAUGUCGGGCACUGUUCAACUACACACCAAAGCUUUACGAUGAGCUCGAGCUGCAGCCGGGUGACAUUCUGGAGAUUCACAUCAAACAAGAGGAUGGUUGGUGGCUCGGGUCCCUCCGAGGUCAGGUUGGCAUUUUUCCGGCUACCUACGUGGAGGAAAUUGCAUGAUAGCGACCGGCAGAAUAAAAGUUAUGGGGCAUUUUGUGAUUGUAAAUAUUUAUGAGAUGUUGGUGUGAAAGAGCAAUUUGAAUCCGUGUUGUGUGCGAUGUAUCCUCCUAGUAAUAUGGAAAACUAACGAAUAUGAAACGUGUUUUUAAAACAAACUUGGAAAAAUACUUGAGUAAUUUAUUGAUAUUUUGUACGUGUUUGUAUUGAUAGAAUACGUCUUUUAAACCCCAAAAGGUAGAGUCUUCCCGUCGAAUGAACAAAAGCAAUAGUAAAUUUGCCAACCCGAAGCAAUAUUAAAAGAGCAUCUGUAGAGCUUGUACAUAUAUUCGGAUGUAACGAAAGAAGUAAAUGAAGUGUUCUAUUGUUCAUUA